UGCUCACAUACAUGAAACAGUAGACUACAGCUCCCAGAAACCGCUUCGCUUCAUGCGUGUUCCGUUGACUCGAGCUACCAAACCUCUCGUGCUCCAACUGUGAUGCUAAUGUAAACAUUUUAAUAAUAAAACGGUAAUUUGAGGCGAAAGAAGCCGUUAGUAAUUUGUCACAUAUUAUCGUGCGGAAUGCCGCCGCCUUGUGCCGCGUGGACACUUGGUUAGCGAGCGAGGGAAGGUGCGUUAUCGAUGUGAAAGUCUGAGUAGCUCGGCUGCAGUGUAACAUAUAGUGUAAUAAGUGGCCAUUUGUUUACCUGGGAAGGUAAGUCAUUCACUGUCAAUAUCGCCUGUUUUGAUGUAUGCAGUGUUGAGAGCUGAUACCUGGUGCUCCCGUAUUUAACCCAACGUUAGCUGUGCUAAUGCUGUUAUUUGCCCCCAGACGGCACAGUCACACAUCUACAUGAAACCCAUUUAUUAGCUCAUUGUAACCUAUGGUCAAACGUUAGCUAGUGUUACCAGAACAUUAGACUUAAGGGGGCCUGGUCAGUGUAUUACAAGUUCCGUGUCCUAAUGGCAAAGGAAGAAUGUAUUACACAACUGAACACAGCAGGGGACACUUCAACACUACGACACAGGAGAACCGUUCCCACAUCCUCGGAGACCCUCCAAACCCUGUCCGAGGACAGACGCAGUCAGACUGCUGAACUAGAUGACACUCAGUCUUCAAAUGGGACAUCUGCUCACUUUUCGCCUGGAGGACAUUUCAGCCAGGACCCCCAGAGCAGUCGAGUGGUGCUGAUGUUGGUGGCGGGGCUGUGCUUCGCCACACGCCUAUACAAGAUAACAGAGCCUCCUCAUGUGUGCUGGGAUGAGACGCACUUUGGAAAGAUGGGAAGCUACUACAUCAACAGGACCUUCUUCUUCGAUGUCCAUCCCCCUCUUGCAAAAAUGCUGAUCGGUCUCGCCGGUUACAUGACCGGUUAUGAUGGAACCUUUCCUUUCGGAAAGCCAGGAGAUAAAUAUGAACAUCACAACUACUGGGGGAUGAGAGGACUCUGUGCCGUGUUGGGCUCCUUUCUCCCAAUCUUUGCCUAUGUCAUAGUGCAGGACUUAUCUCGGUCGUACACUGCUGCUCUCAUCACUGCCACCCUGCUCAUAUUUGACACUGGCUGCAUCACAAUUUCCCAGUACAUCCUGUUAGACCCUAUACUCUUGUUCUUCAUCAUGGCAGCUGUGCUGAGCAUGGUCAAGUUCAACCUGCAGAGAUUCAGGCCUUUUACUUCGUACUGGUGGCUGUGGCUGGUACUGACUGGUGUGAACCUUGCUGGGGCUUUAGGGGUGAAGUUUGUGGGUCUGUUUGUCAUCCUGCUGGUGGGGCUGAACACAGUCUGGGACCUCUGGAGAAUUUUGGGAGACCUGAGCCUCUCACUGGUGGAAAUAUCAAAGCACUUCCUGGCUCGGGUUGUUGGACUCAUCCUGGUUCCACUCUUCCUCUAUGUUACAAUCUUUGCAGUCCACUUUGUUGUGUUGAACAAAAGUGGACCGGGCGACGGCUUCUUCAGUUCAGCUUUUCAGUCACGUCUAAUCGGCAACAAUCUCCACAAUGCCUCCAUGCCUGAGUACCUGGCUUAUGGCUCCACCAUCACAGUAAAAAACCUCCGUAUUGCUGGAGGCUAUUUACACUCUCAUUGGCACUUAUACCCAGAGGGAGUGGGAGCGAGGCAGCAGCAGGUGACAGCCUAUCUCCAUAAGGACUACAACAACGUGUGGCUUGUUCACAAACAGGAUAAUAAUGCAUCUCAAUCUGUGACAGCUGACCUUGUUCGUCACGGUGACAUCAUUCGACUGGAGCACAAAGAAACCACCCGUAACCUUCACGGUCACCUCCAUGAGGCUCCUCUGACCAAGAAGCACUUCCAGGUUACAGGCUAUGGCAUUAAUGGCACAGGUGACACCAAUGACCUGUGGCAGGUGGAGGUGUGUGGAGGCCAGAAAGGUGACGUGGUGAAGGUGCUGCGGAGCAAAAUCCGCUUUCUGCACCGAGCUACCGGCUGUGUGCUUUACUCGUCUGGAAAGACUCUCCCAAAGUGGGGCUGGGAACAGGUGGAGGUGACCUGUAGUCCCUACUUGAAGGAGACUCCAAGCUCUCAGUGGAACAUUGAAGAUCACAUCAACCCCAAAUUGCCCAACAUUAGUUUGUCUGUGCUGAAGCCCCAUUUCCUGGAGAUCCUACUGGAGUCCCACAUUGUUAUGAUAAGAGGUAACAGUGGCUUGAAACCCAAAGACAAUGAGAUGAACUCAAAACCCUGGCAUUGGCCCAUCAACUAUCAGGGCUUGAGGUUUUCUGGAGUGAAUGACACAGAGUAUCGUGUUUACCUGUUGGGGAACCCUGUGGUCUGGUGGAUGAACCUGGCCAGUUUGGGAUUGUAUCCUAUCAUGGUGGCAGUGGCGUCUAUAACGCUCCAAAGAGGUUUCUCAUUGGGCCAAAAAAGAAUAGAGCAUUCUCUUGUGCUUAUGAGAGAAGGAGGGCUGCUGCUCCUCGGUUGGCUGCUGCACUAUGCACCUUUCUACACAAUGGGGCGUGUCCUCUACUUCCACCACUACUUCCCUGCAAUGCUCUUCAGCAGCAUGCUAACAGGAAUCACAUUCGACGUUCUGUUGAAAAGCACCGACCUGCUACUCCGCCCGCCUUAUUCUGAUUGGCUGCAGAGACUCGGGCAGAUGGUACUUCUGUUUAGUGUUCUCUACAGUUUCUACCUGUUCCAUCCGCUCUCAUACGGCAUGACGGGUCCUCUGGCACACGAGCCGGGCAGCGCCAUGGCUGGCCAGAAGUGGAUGGACUCCUGGGAGUUCUAGUCAGCUUUGCACGAAGAAUACAUAAGAAUAUUAUUAUGAAUAUGAGGGACUUUAGUCAAUCAUGUGUCUCACGGACUUAUGGUUUUACAGUGUUUACAUAAAAUAAUCUUUUUUAAAGGGUUCUGACUGCACACACUGCUAUUAAAUCUCUACCUGUCCAUGUAUUUAUGUGUCUCAACAUUUUCAAGUAUUGUAGUCUAUAUAAAAUGUGUAAAGAGUGCUUUGUGAAACAGAAUAUGGAAGCCAGAGUGUUGUUGAGUAUUAGAGAGUACAGUUUUCAACACUUUUCAUCACCAAGCUGCCUUAACUCACAACAAUCUUACAUCUUGGCCUCACAGUAUAUGUGGAUACUGUAUGUCACAAUGAUAUAAGAUAAAGUGCCUGAAAGGAAGUAAUGAAGUAAAUCUGAAAAGCUUAAGUGUUGCAUCUCCGUGUUGGUACGUUUUAUAGAAAACACUUUUUUACAUAGUUAUUGGCUAUCAGAGACUGUAUUUUCAUUUGUGAUCUUCUUGGUCUCAGUGCCCGGUAUUUUUAUAUGGUAUUUAGACACCAGUGAUUUUACAUCAUAAGACUACUACUGACUGUGUCAUGUACAUUACAGUAUGAUCAUUAAAAGGGGAUAUUCUAGUA